AUGCACGCAGCAGGGUUGACGCGGACCGAGUACUUGGCGGUGGUCAAGGCGGCUGGGGGACGGCACCGAGUUCCACGGACUGAGCGUGGUCGUGUCGAGGGAUACUGCGGACACGUCCCGGGCGCAACGGCCCAUUCCAUCUCGACCGUGGCGGGCCUCUACUCUCAGCUGGCCUACGAGGUCGGUGCAGGCGUUCUGCCCUCGGCAACGUCGAGCGUCACUGGUGCUGGCACGGCAAAGCUUCGCAAGCCUGGCAAGCCCUCGUCCGAGACAGACAUCCCGGAUCUGGAUCUGACCAUGUACGGCGACUCGGCCUAUCGCGGCUCGGCCAAGACCGGCGGCUCGGUGUCGGGCAAGCUGGAGCGGGCGGAUGGCCGCGGGACCGGAGGCGCGGUGCCUGGUGGCACGACGGGGGAUGAUGCGGCUGAGGCCGAUCCGGAGAACACCUUUGUGGCCCAUCCAGCGGCUCCGCUUCUUCGCGGCGUGUACUCGGCCAAGGUCGGCCUCACGCCCGAGCAGGAGGCUACCACCCGCGACGGCUACAUCAAGUCGUUCCUCGACCGCAAGGUCGCCAACACCUACACUCCGACCGAGGACAGGCCCAAGCGGUACCUGGCCGGCAAGACUGGCGUCGGCUGCAUGGCCAUCGGUGGUGUCGCAGGCGACCGCAGGCAGUCGGCGUCGGCUGCAAGCGCCCCCACCGGCCCGCGGCCCAUCGUCAUUCCGCCGCCGCCGUCGACGGCAACUGCCACCGCGGCCGAUGUGAGUGAAAUCGCCCCGGUCGUGCCCGUCGUCAAGUACGAGGCGCCCGAUCCGCAGCGGACCUCGCCGUCCAACGGCAUUCUCGGCAAUGGCUACUCGUUUGCCCUCGUCGACCGCCGCAACGCCAAGCGCAACGAGGCCUCCAUCCCGCCGGGCUACACCGGGUACUACCCGGGCUCGAAGUACCUGAUUGGCAGCUGA